AGAAUCAUGGUCUCUCUCAGUUUAGUGCUCACCUUGAUUUUACUGAACUCAAGCCUGCUGAUAUUAGCGAGUGGUGGACAUGAUGGUCAUAGACAUGGUCACGGUGGACAUGAUUAUCACGACUACUGCAGGAGGUCCUCUAAAACUGUAACUGAAUGUGAGGGCUCUAUCCUGUGUCUGUCUUGUCCUGGAAAUUCUAAGAUGAGGAUCCUUGCUGCAAACUAUGGACGUACAGACAGAAAAACCUGCAUUAAGAACCGUCCACCACAUGAAAUCAGAAAAACCAACUGCCGUUCAUCCAGCUCUCUGUCCAUAGUGUCAUCAUGGUGUGAUGGACGUCAAAGCUGCAAAGUACCAGCAACCAACAGUGUGUUCUCUGAUCCCUGUUAUGGCACAUACAAGUACCUGAGAGUCAAAUACUGCUGCUCGCGUCGUAGAAGCUGA